GGACGUACAGUAGCAAGUAAGUCUGAAUUGAAAUAUUACGUUUUUUCGUCUGAAACCACUUAGGUAAGUUGAUGCAAAACUAAUAAAAGAUAGAAAUGAAGAAAGUGAACGAUAGAAGAGAUAGUGAAAUGAAGUUACGGCCAUUUAUUGUGUAUUUGUAAAGCAAUAUUUCUUUAUAAGGACAGAAAAAAAUUAUACAAAGAUUUAAAUAAAUGCACAAAAAUUAUUCUGGUGAAAGACAGGAUAGAUAAACAGAUGGAUAGAUAAAUAAUUUACAAGAGGAAACAGAAGAAAGUUAACUAGACAUAUAAAUUGAUACGUAGCUACACAGAAAAAUAUAGUGCCAAAAUCAUACCGACAAGAACAAAACAUUAGUACAGACAGUUAUAUAUGUCACGGAGUAUUAAGUAUUGCUGAGUCCAACACUAACAUAUUUUUACAUAACUGAACCAAGAAGUGUUACUCCUGAGGACACGUGAAAAUUUAAGUCAUUACCUAUAUAUAUUAUUAUUAUGUGCCAUUAACAGUAAAUUAUAAACUUUACAAAGAAUUCUUGCUUCGUUUAUGACCUUUUAUAUAAAAUUUAGUAUUACAGUCUAUAACCUCAUACAUUAAUUCUGUCUCUCAAGUAGAAGCACUUUACCUAUAUUACGAUUUUAGCAUAACUAUACGCCUGCCACGGAAUAUAUAUAUAAACACACACACACACACACACACGCUCACAGGUUGACAGAUAGAUAUUUCUGACAUUAAAUAUAUAUACAUAUAUGUAAGAUAUUUCCAAGUAAGACCCGAGAGGUGAAAAUAGACUACAUCCUAAUACAGGAAUCGAACUAUACAUCUUUUUACUUGUAAAUAUUUUUAACAAGAAGGAUUUGGGAUUCUACACGCUGACAUACACACACACACGCACACGCACACACACACACAUUUAUACAUACAUACAUACAUACAUACGUAUAUGCAUUUAUGCAAGACAUACUUUGAUUGCUGAGCAUAUUAUGUACAUUGUCUGGAAACUAACGAGAAUUAGAUAUUGACUAACAACAAAUGACUGAUCACUGUGUUUCAGUAAGUUGCAUAACUCCUGAGUCACCGUUAAAAUUUUACAAGUUUCUUACUUGGGAAUUAUCGGUAAAUACCUAAUGAAAUAUUAACGUUUUGAAACAAAUGGGUGGUAUUUGAUUUCCAGAAUAUUUGGUUUAAAAAAAUCACCGAGAGAGAAUAAUGUACGGCAGCUGAAAUUGUUUUGAGGUUUAUUGUGUUGUUUUCAAUGAGAAACUGUGUAACGGUUAGUUUUAACGAAUAUAAUAGGAAUCUGGUAAUUAAUUUGAUGGAGGAAAACUGAUAAAAUGUAGUUAUUGGAUUUCGUUUUGUUUGUUUUAGAAGAAUUUACUCUUCAGGUUCUUAGAGGAGGAACACACACUUGUGAAGUUUGCUACAAUUAUUUGUUUCCGUUUAUACACGCGCGUUUGCGCGUACACACAAACACACACAUACACACACAUAUAUAGAUAUAUACAUGUAUGCACAUCUAUAUGAGUGAGCAUAAUUAACAUUAUAGUUUAUGGUAGACAGAAACACACAAACACACACAUAAACACACACACACACACACACACACACAAAUGCACACAUGCACACACAAGCUUACACAAAUACAGACCUAUAUACUAGCAUAUAGACACUCGUAAACACACUCAAGUCUUCUAAGAAAAUGCAUUAGGAACGAUUUCACAGUUUGGAACUAUUAACGCCACAAAACUAUAUUAUGUAAUGAAAACAACUCCUCGAAUUAUUGCAAAUUCUACCAAAAUCUUCAUGUUUUCAUUAGAAAUAUAUUUGCAAUGAAUUAUUAUUAUUACAUUGCAGUAGCCGAUUUUGUGUGUAAUACCAUAAGAAUUCCAAUAAUAUAGAGACACGUUAGUAUUCAAAGUAUCCGAUUAGUAUCAAUCACAAAUAUAAAAACGAUUGGCUGUAAUCCUCUGAGAUUCAUUAUUUAACAAAUGUUUUUGUGGCCGCCCCAAAUGUGCCACAAAACUUGCAAAAUUACAUUCACCAUUAUUUAUUUGACCUGAAAUAUCGAGCGUUCUAUAAAUUUAUCCAUCGGUAUGUGUGUAUAUCUGUAUUUAUGUAUGCCUGUAUGAACGUGUGUUAGUAUAAUUCUUUCUCUGCACCGACAUUAAAUCACUAGGUUCGUUCAGGUAUCGGCCUUUGUACACUUUUAUACAUUAUACGUAUAUAUAUAUAUAUAUAUAUAAAUUGGAAAUAAGGUUAUCGACAGUUCUUGGCAGUAACAAAAAACAACAACAACAGCAACAACAGCAACAAUAAUAACAACAACAGCAACAACAACAAACAUCAUUUCUUAUCAAUGUACCAAGUUCUUCCUCCUCAAAUAAAUAUUUACAUAGACUGAAUAAAAAAUAGAAGGGGAAGAAAAUUGAAUAUUGCAUCCAAUAGUAAAUCAUUACUAAAUUAAUUAAAAAUUACUAAAAAGUAUUUACAGUAACAAAACUAAUAACACUUAUACUAAAAUUCAUCGCCACAUACAAUAGACGCAAAUAUCUCCGACACGUUUAUGUCUAUGUGCGCCAGGAACAAUGUUCCUCUCACCAUCUAGCAUCCAUUUUACCAGUUGUACUGGUCAGCAGACUGUGGAAGAAAUUACACAUGAAAGAGACAUCAUCGAAGCUAGUAGACAUUUUGUACAGAAUCUAGACAGAGCCCGUUUGCAAGUGGCACAGAAAGACGGUCACUAUUUUACAUUGAACAAUACACGACUCUUGGUGUUUCGGCGCCUUGAAAAAGAAGGAAGGUGCAAAAGGGUUAAAGUGGACUGUAUACCUUUGAAUGCUAUACCGGCGGGCAUUCGGAUGAUGAUGAUUGUACCAAAUUUUAAAGCUAACAACACCAAUACAGUUGCAGAUAACAGCCGUUCAACAGGUCGAGGUUAUCAACGACUGUGUCAGAAAGAUGCAGAUACGGACAGAAAAUCAGAAACCGAACACAGUACGGAAGAUUCCGAAGACUCAAAUCUAGAAGAUGGUUCCGAUAGUGAAUUUGAAUGGAGCGGAGAAAAUGACAGCGAAUUCAUUACGUCUGAUGAGGAAGCGAGCGAAGAGAAAGAAAGUCUUCUUUGAAAAAGGAAGUAAAGACAUUUGAAAUACAGGAUAAGACACACAUUCCAUACACACACGCACACACACUCCUACACACGCACACAUACACACGCGAACACCUAUACACCUAUACACACAGAGGACAAAAUUUAAAAGUUUACAAAAACAGCAACCAAGUAUAAAUAAUAUACGUCGGACUGAUAAAAAACGUUGAGUUUUUGCUUAUAUUUUCAAUUUUUUUUUUACGUGUUGGUGUUCGUGUGUGUGUGUGUGUGUGUGCGUUGGUGUGUGUGUGUGAGAGAGAGAUAGAGAGAGAGAGAGAAAGAAUGUAUGUGUGUGUGAGUGUAUGUGUGUGAAUAUGUAUGAAGUUGUGAGUGUGCUAGAGCGUAUGCACGUAUUUGUGAAAUUAUGUGCGUAGGAGCGUGUGUGAAUUUAUGUGUUUGUGUAUACCCUGCGGGUGAAGACAGUAUGUCAUAAGAUGUGUAAAAAAAAAACCAGAGCAUGAAUGAACUGAGAUAACUAUUGGAAAUUUAGUGCAACAAAAACAAUAAAACCAACAACAACCACAGCAACAGCAACCACAACAACAACAAACGAGAUAUUUAUUUUAUCUAUCCUUUUUUUUUCCCUUCAGUCCUGUAGCUGUAUUUCACUAUUAUUAUUUUCGCUUGCCUAAUAAACUAUUCAAUGUAUUGUAUGCAGAAA